GCCGGUGCCAAGUGUGUGUGUGUGCGUGCGCCGGGGGGGCGGGAGGGACGGGGAGGAGGGGGCGGCCAUGCCGAGGGGGCGGCCCCCCGAGCCCGGCGGGGAGAGCGGCGAGCCCGGCGCCGAGGCAGAUGAUGUUCUGACACCGAAUAUAGAGAACGGAAAUUUUCCCUACCAAGCACCUAACUUCCAUAAGUGCGAGAUUUGUUUGCUGUCUUUUCCAAAAGAGACCCAGUUCCAGCGCCAUAUGAGGGAUCAUGAGCAAAAUGACAAGCCUCACCGAUGUGACCAGUGUCCGAUGUCAUUUAAUGUUGAAUUCAACUUGACACUUCAUAAAUGUACUCACAAUGGCGAAGAUCCUACGUGUCCUGUGUGCAACAAGAAAUUCUCCAGAGUAGCCAGUCUGAAAGCUCAUAUAAUGUUACAUGAGAAAGAGGAGAAUCUUAUCUGUUCAGAGUGUGGAGAUGAAUUCACUUUACAGAGUCAGCUGUCCAUACACAUGGAAGAACAUCGUCAAGAAUUGGCAGGCAGUAGGAUCCACAGCUGCAAAUCUUGCAAAAAGGAAUUUGAAACUUCCUCACAGCUAAAGGAGCAUAUGAAAACUCACUAUAAAAUAAGAGUAUCAAAUACCAGAUCUUACAACAGAAACAUUGACAGAAGUGGGUUUACCUAUUCCUGUCCUCACUGUGGAAAGACCUUCCAGAAACCGAGUCAGUUAACGCGACAUGUUAGAAUACACACAGGUGAAAGACCAUUCAAGUGCAGCGAGUGUGGGAAAGCCUUUAACCAGAAGGGAGCGCUGCAGACUCACAUGAUCAAGCACACGGGGGAGAAGCCCCAUGCCUGUGCCUUUUGUCCCGCAGCCUUUUCCCAGAAAGGCAACCUGCAGUCGCACAUACAGAGAGUUCAUUCAGAGGUGAAGAAUGGCCCUACAUACAACUGUACAGAAUGUAGCUGUGUCUUCAAGAGCUUGGGUAGUUUAAAUACACAUAUCAGCAAGAUGCACAUGGGUGGUCCACAGAAUUCUGCGAGUGCUUCAACAGAUGUAUCUCAUGUUACAACAGACCCUGUCACCCAGCCUUUAACAACAUCCCCUGCUAAUCUUUUGCAACCUGUUGAUAGCAAAUGGAAGAAUGCCACACAUUUUCGGUCUCCACUUCUUCAACAGACAGAAAACCAAGUGUCUCCAGCUGCUGCUCACCAGGGUCAGCAGGCUGUCACCGAUGUCAUUCAGCAGCUCCUUGAGUUAUCAGAACCAGGUCCUGUAGAAAAUAACCAACCUCAACAACCUGGUCAGCAACUCAACAUUGCGGUGGGAAUCAGUAGAGAUAUUUUGCAGCAAGCAUUAGAGAACAGUGGGUUGUCUUCAAUUCCUGUCUCUGCACAUUCUACUGACUGCAGCCAGGCUAAGACUGCUGGGCCCCAGGAUCAGAACCCAGAUGUCCCAACUCUCUCAAAUCAUCAGGCUGAUUCUAAUAAUGCAGAACAAGAUAAGGAGCAAGAGAGUACAGAUAAACUAGAUAAAAAAGAAAAAAAGUUUAUUAAGAAAAAAUCACCGUUUUUGCCUGGUUCUAUACGUGAAGAAAAUGGAAUAAGGUGGCACGUUUGUCCAUAUUGCUCUAAAGAAUUUAAAAAACCAAGUGAUCUAGUGCGCCACAUUCGCAUUCAUACCCACGAGAAGCCAUUCAAGUGUCCCCAGUGUUUCCGCGCCUUUGCAGUUAAGAGUACUCUAACAGCACACAUAAAAACACACACUGGCAUCAAAGCUUUCAAGUGCCAAUUUUGUAUGAAAAGCUUUUCCACCUCAGGGAGUUUAAAAGUUCACAUUCGUCUACAUACAGGUGUUAGACCUUUUGCUUGUCCUCAUUGUGACAAAAAGUUUAGAACAUCAGGCCAUCGGAAAACUCAUAUCACUUCACAUUUUAAACAUACUGAACUAAGAAAGCUACGACAUCAACGUAAACCUGCAAAAGUUCGAGUAGGAAAGUCGAGUGGUCCAGUACCAGACAUUCCUUUGCAAGAACCCAUACUCAUAACUGAUUUAGGUCUUAUCCAGCCAAUCCCAAGGAAUAGCCAGGUCUUCCAAAAUUAUUUUAACAGUAAUUUUGUGAAUAAUGCAGAGAGACCAUACAAGUGUUUUUAUUGCCAUCGAGCCUAUAAAAAAUCUUGUCAUCUAAAACAACACAUCAGGUCGCAUACUGGUGAAAAACCAUUUAAGUGCUCUCAGUGUGGAAGAGGUUUUGUGUCAGCUGGAGUUCUGAAAGCACAUAUUAGAACACACACUGGAUUGAAAGCUUUCAAGUGUGUUGUGUGCAACGGGGCCUUCACUACUGGUGGUAGCCUUAGGCGACAUAUGGGGAUCCAUAACGAUCUUCGGCCGUACAUGUGUCCGUAUUGUCAAAAGACGUUCAAAACAUCACUAAACUGUAAAAAACACAUGAAGACUCAUAGAUAUGAACUUGCACAGCAACUUCAGCAGAAUCAGCAGUCCUCUUCAAUAGAUGAUUCUACAGUAGAUCAGCAGAGCAUUCAUGUUUCUACACAGAUGCAAGUGGAGAUUCAAAGUGAAGAGCUACAGCAGUCAGAAGCUGUUGCAACAGAUCAGCAGGCUAUUUUAGAGUUAGACCAGCAACCAGUAGUAGGCACAGAAGAAACAGCACUAGAACAACAGUUGGCUGAUCAGCCUUUAGAGCAAGAUGAGGAUAGAUUUGUGACAUCCCAACAUGCUUUACAGGAAAACAUCACUCAGUUUGAACAACAGGCUAUAACACAGCAGCCAUUUGAUCAACAGAGCUUAUCACAAGGUUUUACAGUGAAUGACAGCUACAAUCAACAGACUCAGUUUCCAGCUGUACAGCAGCUGCAGGAUUCAAGCACACUUGAAUCUCAGGCUCUUUCAACGAGUUACCACCCACCAGCCCUUCUUCAGGUUCCAAAUACAGACACUAUUAAUGUAACUACUCGCUUGAUACAAGAUCAGUCACCGCAAGAAGAACUUGAAUUGCAUACCCAGCGGCCUCAUUUUCUUGAGGAUAAUGAAGAUCAAAGUAGGCGUUCAUAUAGGUGUGAAUAUUGCAACAAAGGUUUUAAGAAAUCCAGCCAUUUGAAACAACAUGUACGGUCACAUACUGGUGAGAAACCUUAUAAAUGCCAACUCUGUGGACGUGGUUUUGUUUCCUCAGGAGUUCUUAAGUCACAUGAGAAGACUCAUACAGGAGUUAAAGCAUUCAGCUGUAGCAUUUGCAAUACCUCCUUCACAACUAAUGGCAGCCUUACCAGGCACAUGGCAACUCACAUGAGCAUGAAGCCUUACAAGUGCCCAUUCUGUGAUGAAAGCUUUCGAACAACUGUUCACUGCAAAAAACAUAUGAAAAAACAUCAGACAGUCUCCUCAGCUGUAGCAGCAGCUACAGAUACAGGAGGGGGAGUUGCAUGUGUUGAAGAAGAUGAUGAAAACUCUGAAAGAACUUCCAGAAAAUCUCGUCCUGGUGUCAUAACUUUUACAGAAGAAGAAACAGCAGAACUGGCAAAGAUUAGGCCUCAAGAAAGUGCCACUGUCUCAGAAAAAGUUCUUGUCCAGUCUGCUGCAGAGAAAGACAGAAUUAGUGAGAUCAAAGAUAAGCAAGCAGAACUGGAAGCAGAACCCAAAUAUGCCAACUGUUGUAGUUAUUGUCCCAAAAGCUUUAAAAAACCUAGUGAUUUGGUCAGGCAUGUUCGUAUCCAUACUGGAGAGAAGCCGUAUAAGUGUGAAGAAUGUGGAAAGAGUUUCACUGUAAAAUCCACUCUGGAUUGCCAUGUUAAAACACACACAGGCCAGAAGCUUUUCUGUUGUCACGUGUGCAGUAAUUCUUUUUCUACAAAAGGGAGUCUAAAAGUCCACAUGCGUCUGCAUACAGGAGCAAAGCCCUUCAAAUGUCCACACUGUGAUUUACGGUUUCGUACUUCGGGGCGCAGAAAAACCCACAUACAGUGUCAUUAUAAACCAGAGACAAAGAAAGUUAGGAAGCCUGUUGCCCGUACAUCAACUGAGGGACUACAGCCAGUCAACCUUCUUAAUUCAUCCUCUACAGACCCUAAUGUUUUCAUCAUGAAUAACUCCGUUUUGACGAGUCAGUUUGAUCAAAAUUUACUUCAGCAAGGACUUGUGGGCCAGGCUAUUCUGCCUGCUUCAGUGUCAGCUGGAGGUGACUUAACUGUGUCCUUGACAGAUGGUAGCUUGGCCACUCUUGAAGGAAUACAGCUACAACUUGCUGCUAAUCUGGUUGGACAAAAUGUUCAAAUUUCUGGAAUAGAUACCACCAGUAUUAACAACAUAACAUUACAGAUCGAUCCCAGUAUUCUACAGCAGACGUUGCAGCAGAGUAAUUUACUUACUCAGCAGCUGACUGGAGAUCCCAAUAUGGCUCCACAGAAUCCCUCCCUCCAGGCAACAGAAAGUGCAGUGCCAGCUAAUGUGGUUAUUCAGCCCAUAUCAGGCCUGUCUUUGCAGCCCACGGUAACAUCAUCUGCUAACAUGACAAUAGGAUCCCUGUCUGAGCAGGAGUCUGUGCUGACAACCAGCGCAAAUGGUGCACAGGACAUUUCUCAAGUCAUAACUUCACAGGGUAUGGUGUCAUCUUCAAAUGGACAACAUGAGAUAAUGUUGACCAUAAAUAACUCCAGUUUGAGUCAAGUUUUAGCUCAUGCUUCAGGCUCUACUAAUGCGACCUCAUCAGGAAGUCCUCAAGAAAUCACUCUUACGAUAUCUGGCCAAGAUCUUAUUCAGCAUAAUUCUGGAGGCAGUGAUCUGAAUACUGGCUUAAGGCUGUCGGCGCCAACCAUCAGCAGUCAGACUACAGGUGCUACAUUAACUAUAAGCAACGACCAGCUGCUUUCUCAGGGCCCUUCACUAAAUGCUCCAGAACUUAAUACAACAGGUGGAACAAACCUUCCUUCAACAACACCCAUAUCACAGUCUGCAGUUUCUGCCCAGAAUUUGGUAAUGUCUUCAUCAGGAGUUGGAGGAGAUGGUAGUGUCACUUUGACUCUUGCUGACACUCAGGGAAUGUUGUCAGGUGGUCUUGAUGCAGUUACACUUAAUAUCACUUCACAGGGUCAGCAGUUCCCUGCUAUACUCACAGAUUCCAGUCUCACUAGCCAAAGUGGAUCAGGCUCACAGCAAGUUAUACUGGUGAGCCAUACACCCCAUCCAGCACCUGCAAGCUCUGAUGAAAUAACGUAUCAGGUGACAGAGGUUUCCCCUAAUGUGACUAAAAGCAGCCAAGCAGAAAAAGAAAGUCGCGGGCACCAGUGUUUUGAGUGUAGUCAAACCUUCUACUCAGUGACCAUGCUGACGCACCACUGUAAGGAGGUUCAUGGCAAGGAACGAAUACAUGUUUGCCACAUCUGUAAUAAGGCCUUUAAGCGGGCAACACAUCUCAAGGAGCACAUGCAAACCCAUCAGGCUGGACCUUCAUUGAGCUCCCAGAAGCCUAGAGUGUUUAAGUGUGAUACUUGUGAAAAAGCUUUUGCUAAGCCAAGUCAGCUGGAGAGACACAGUCGCAUUCACACAGGGGAACGGCCAUUUCAGUGUACACUGUGUGAAAAAGCAUUUAACCAGAAGAGUGCUCUUAAAGUCCACAUGAAAAGGCACACAGGAGAGAGACCUUAUAAAUGUGAUUACUGUGCAAUGGGAUUUACACAGAAAAGCAAUAUGAAACUGCAUAUGAAACGGGCUCAUGGUUACACUGGUCCUGUACAAGAGCCUGCUAGUCACCAAGAACAAGAAGGGGAAGAUAUUAGUCGUGCUCUGAAUUUAGAGGAAGUGGUACAAGAAUCUUCAAGUGAAUGGCAAAGUAUAGGCAAUGUUUUUCGAUGACACCUUGAAAUUUGAAAGCUAAAAAUGUUUCUGGGACUCAAAUUUUACAGUUAAAUCUUCAAGCAUUGAAAAUACUAACGAUAGAAUAAUAUAUUAUAGUUUUUCUAAUAUUUGCAAAAAUUACCUAAAAGAUCAAUUCAUUUUUUUAAGCUUGUAGAAGAAUAUUGGGAAAACACCAUUUAAUCUGCGCUAAGUUGUCUGUGAAUCAGUGAACUCAGGUAAUAAUGUAUACAGUUUCAUCUUCGAAUUCACAGCCAGUAUACCUAUUUAAAAAUAAACUGGAACUUUAUAUCAGAAUAGAAUGAUUCCCAUUUUUAAUGAAAGUGAAGAAUAACUUCAUGGGAAAACCAUGAAACUGUCCAUCAGCUUUCUUUUUCACAUAUUUAAGGAAACAAAAUGUUACAGAGUUGAUGCAUGCAUGCAGUAUAAAAUAGUGGGGUUUUGCCUUCAAUUUUUUUUUUCUUAUGUGGCACAGGAAAAUGCUGUACUGCUGUUUAAAGCUGUUUUUUUUUUUUUUUAGUACAUUUUGAGAAUUCGUUGAAAAAAAAUAAAAUACCAUGAUUUCAUGGCUUUUAUCGAGUUAAACCCUUGAGAGGGAGCAUGUUUAUUUCCAUUCCAGCCACAGAGGCAGAUAGUUGUUAGUUUUUACGGUAAAAGUCUGAGGUUUUGAACUCAGCAAUAAUUAUUUCACAAGAAUCCAAACAAGAAGAGGUUCCAAUGAAAGCUUCUUCUGUUGUUUGCUGUAUUGGAUCAACAGGUACAUAUCUCAGUAUCUGUGGAAAACACAGCCAUAUAUUAAAUCUGUGAAGUAAACAUACAGUUCUGUAUUAGCAGGGAGAAAGUUUGAUGCACACUAUGUCACCUAUAUUAUACAGUGUUCUCUGGUGCUGUAAACAGUUAUCAUUUUGAAUCUGUAAAUUCCUCAUUAUUUUCUUUGUGAAUUUUGGAAAUAUGUUACUUUUAUUUGUUGUUUAAGUCAUUGUUUCAGCAAAACUACCUAGUUGACUAUGUAAUGCUUUCAAAGGUGCCACUUGUUAAGUGUAUUCGUAACAAAGAAACACUGGAGUAAAAACAUAGUUGUCAUUUAGACAUUCCAAAGACAGAAGCUUUUUUCUUAUUUUUGCCUUGUUCUUUUGAAUUUUAUUUAUAUGUUACAUAUAUAUAGAUAUAUAUAUGUGUGCUUGUAUAUGUAUAUAUAUAUAUUUAAAGUUAUAUGAGCCUCUGUGUGGCUGAUCAGUAUAUUUUGUAAAUACUAAUCCCAGUUGCAGGAAGUUCAUCUGUUUGGUUGCCACAAGUACUUCUAGAUCAGUGGUGGAUAUGUUGUACUAUAAUACAGAGCUGGAUUUUAAUUUACCUUCUGAAAGAUAAUUGUUCUCAGAUCCAGAAAGCCCUUUUCUGUAAAUAUUGUCUAUACUUUGUCUCUGAUAUAAACUAGUUCUUUCAGAUUGCUGAAGCAAGAAAUGGUUGUUGGUUUUGAUAGGGCCUCUCUUAAUUCUUUUGUUAACUGUUCGGCAUAUGUAUAUAAGUAAUAUAGUUGGUGACAUGAAAAUAACACUUUUGUUAUGUGGAAUAUUUAAUUCAAAAACAUGCUAAAUAAUAUUACUUUUUUCCAACUUCUGUUUCGUGUAUUUUUUAAGCAUAUGAUUCUGGAUUCUAGGAGACUCUAAAAACUCUGUUUACCAGAAGUGCAUCUCUGGAUAUUAGAUGUAAAGGAAAGAUGUAAAGUUCUUCCAGCAGUGCCUUCCCUUCCAACCAGCCAUGAGUGUUUCAGCUGCUUAAGGAAGAUACUAUAUUUUACAGUUGUCUGGCCUCAUGACAUAGCAUCCUGUUUAUCUGUUAUAAUAUAGUAAAAUGUGCUGUGUUGUGUGUACCAUGUAUAAAACCAGUUAAUUCAGAGAAUACUGGAUAAAUGCACAGCAAAGUUGGUUGGAGUUGAUUUGCUGUGUAGGGCAUGAUGAUUUCCAAAGGUUGCAAAAUUCAGUUUGACCAAAGAUGAUUUAUAACUGGUCACAUCCAGAUGCAAAUCCAUCCUUCAUAAUGGGAACGUUAUUCCUGAAUACUUGAAAGCAUUCAGUCUGCUCUAACUGGGAUUGCUGCCAGGAAGUAAAGACUGGUAGUAGUUGGUACUUGAAGAGAGCCUAUUAAGAAGAUGGAGGGGGACUUUUUACAAGAGCACAUAAUGACAGGACAAGGGGGAAUGGCUUUAAACUGAAAGAGGAUGGGUUUAGAUUAGAUGUCUGAAAGAAGUUCUUCACUAUGAGGGUGGUGAGGCACUGGAACAGGAGGCCCAGAGAAGUUAUGGAUGCUCAAUACCUUCAAGUGUUCAAUGCCAGGUUGGAUGGAGCUCUGAGCAACCUGGUUUAGUGGGAAGUGUCCCUGUCCACAGCUGGGGGGUUGGAACUGGGGUCCUUUUCCACCCAAACCAUUCUGUGAUUCUGUGAUGCUCAGUGAGCACAUGCUAAAAGCAGAUUUUGUGAGUAAAAAGAUACUGUGUUUAAAUGGACACUUCCCAAAGUGAACAGAGGUUUGUAUAGCCCAGGUUCCUUGGUAAGACUGAGUUGGAGAUUUUCAAAGUAGUGUAUGUGUUCAUGUUCAGUACAAAUACAGACACGGUAACUGAUAGGUUGGUGUUUUCAAAAGCAGUGUUGCAGUAGAUGCAUUUUUUAAGGAAGGAGAAGAACUCUUGUUCUGAGACCUGCUUGAAGAGCCAUGUUGUGUGUAGUGGGUAAGGGAACAGUGCAUAGGAAUGCCCCUGUUCUUUCUGGUUUGAUCUAGUAGUAAGUUUACACUAGCCUGAGGCUUUUUGACUCAUGUCUGGUCAGAAUUUCUUUUGGUUUAUGUCCAUUCCUUCAGUACAUGAAACUACUCUCUCCCUAAUACUGGUUGUGCAUUCCUGUUUCAGGAAAAAUCCUUUUGGUUACAAAUCAAAUCACCAUUCAAACUGCUGUUUUUCAGCAAAACUACUAGUGGAGUAAUUAAAAGAAUAAAUUUCUGUCUAAGUUUUAGUCACUUUCAAGAGACUCCUAUUGGUAAAAUAAUGUUUUCAAUUACUGUACCUGUUUUUACUAUAGGAAGUAAAUCCAAAACAGACACUUUCAGCCUCUGGGAAAGAUGACUGUGAGGGAAACAAGAGUGAUGAAGGCAAGUAAGAAGCUAUGGAUAAAUUCUGAAGUUCUACAGUGCAGUAUUUUGAAAGAUGUGUUUCUCAGGGGCUCUUUACCUUAAGUAUUCUUUCCCAUUUUUGAAGGCUAUUUGCACCACGCUUGUUCAUGAAGGGCACGAUUUCAUUGCCUGUUCAUAGACAUUUUAUGCCUUGCAGUAUCCCCCUGGUCUGUAGCUGCCACUGCACAGACACUGGCCUUCCAUAAGUCUUGUGUCCUAUUGUUAGCCUUCUGGGCCAUGCUAAGCAAUACCAUUAGAAGCCUGUAUGCAGGCAGCUGGGUCCCAAAGUGUCAUUUUCUAGUAUUUGAACAUUAUUCAUAAAUUGUGGGAGGAAAAAAAAAUGAAUCAAACAGAUUUUCAUAUGUAUGACCUUUUCCUCUGCAAAAAACAAAACUGGCCCAAGUUUCAAGUUGAUUACUUUAUUUCAAUAAUGAAUAUAUUUAAAAGCUGUGUUCCUAUAAGAACAAUACGUAUUCAAAUUAAAUCAACUAUUAUGUUGCAGAGUAUACAUCUGAA